GUUGUAUAGAACGUGUACUUUCCGACAGCGAAACGAAAACUCGCGGACGUAAUACUACAAGUGAAUAUAUUUUUUUCGGGAAAAAAAGUUGAGGGAGGAUUUAGCUCGAUGUGGGCUGUUUACGGUGAUUAUGUGCAGUGUCAUGUGGCGAUUAUUGUGUAGGAGCAUGACCCAUGGAUAUUUAUUACAGUUCUUUCUGCUGCUACUCAACCUGCUACAGUGUGCGCAUGGCUCCGGCUUCUUUGAACUGCAAGUCCUGGAGAUGGCGAAUCCAAGGGGCGAACUUUCGACGGGAGAGUGUUGUGGGGGUGGUGCGCGGUCUCCGAUCAUGGGACGUUGCUCGACACCUUGUAACACUUUCUUCCGAUUGUGUUUGAAGGAGUAUCAGAGCAAUGUGACCAGCACCGGCUCGUGCUCCUUCGGGAACACCUCUAGUGUGGUACUGGGACGUGAUUCCUUCACGCUUGCCGAUCCCGAAAGGGGAAAACUCGUCUUGCCAUUUACCUUCAGAUGGACGAGAUCGUUCACCCUCAUUCUUCAGGCUGUGGAUCAUAAUAAUUUUACAUUACCUGCUACUAACGAUAUCAUUGAAGAAGCUACGUAUUCGGGUAUCAUCGAUCCGAGCCCCGAGUGGCACACCCUCAACCACAGGGGUCCUCGAGCCACGCUCACCUACAGGGUGCGUGUCAAAUGUGAUAGUCAUUAUUACAAUGCCACCUGUACCAAGUUUUGCCGGCCUCGUGAUGACAAGUUUGGGCAUUAUAUCUGCGACGCCAAUGGGGACAAAGAGUGUAUAGAGGGAUGGAAAGGCGCCACCUGUGAUUUUGCUGUAUGUAAACCUGGCUGCCAUCCCGUCCACGGCAAAUGUGAUAAUCCCGGCGAAUGCAAUUGCCGGCCUGGGUGGCGAGGGGAUUUCUGCGACCAGUGUGAACCGUAUCCUGGGUGCAAGCAUGGCUACUGCAAUGGGUCAUCAUGGCAGUGUAUUUGCGACACUAACUGGGGUGGCAUUCUAUGUGAUCAAGAUUUAAAUUACUGCGGAACUCAUGAACCGUGUUUAAAUGGGGGCACCUGUGAGAACACGGCUCCGGAUACCUAUUUGUGCACCUGCCCGGAAGGGUUUUCGGGCACUAAUUGCGAAGUCGUCGACAAUCCAUGCGCACCUCAGCCGUGCCUCCAUGGAGGGACCUGUCUGGAAGCCGGGGGAUCCUUCAGCUGCGAAUGUGCCCCUGGAUGGACAGGGCCCACCUGCAAUGUGGAUAUUGAUGAAUGUGCUUCUGCUCCGUGUCAGAACGGAGGAACGUGCAUCGAUCUCGAAGACAUGUUCAAGUGCGAAUGUCCACCAGCGUGGGAAGGCAACGUUUGCCAAUUCGAUGCAGACGAGUGCCUGACGACCCCUUGCAUAAAUGCCAUCUCUUGUGCAAAUCUGGUCGGAGAUUAUCGGUGCAAAUGUCGAGUCGGUUGGAUGGGAAAAAACUGCGAUACUAACAUCAACGAUUGUGUGGGACAAUGCCAACAUGGCGCCACUUGUAUCGAUUUGGUCAACGAUUACCACUGUGCCUGUCAACCAGGCUACACAGGUCGCGAUUGCCACACGGACAUCGACGAUUGCGCCUCGAACCCUUGCAAGAACGGUGGCGAGUGCGUCGACCAAGUCAACGGAUAUCGCUGCAUCUGUCCUGUGGGAUUCACCGGUCACGAGUGUGAGAACGACUACAACCAUUGCAGUCCCGACCCGUGCCAAAACGGAGCGUCCUGCUUCAACACCCAGACCGACUACUACUGCCAUUGCCCUGAAGGAUGGCAGGGGAAGAACUGUAGUGAGAGCAAGGCGAUUUGCGACAACCCUCCCUGCGACGACGAAGUGGAAAGUUGCAUAGCUGUAGGAGUAGGAAGUGGAAGAAAUAGCGCCCCUAGCAUUUGUGGCGAACACGGACACUGUGUUAAUCUCCCAGGAGUCGGACACCGGUGCCAAUGCCAACCGGGAUUCACAGGAAAGUAUUGUCACGAGAAUAUAAACGACUGUAAAGUGAACCCUUGUGAAAAUGGUGGGACCUGCGUCGACAAGAUCAAUGCGUUUCAGUGCAUUUGCAAAGAAGGCUGGGAAGGCGCUUUAUGCAAUAUAAAUACCGACGACUGUAAUCCCAAUCCUUGUCGAAACAACGGCACUUGCGUGGACCGAAUCGCCGACUUCGAGUGCAACUGCAAGAACGGCUGGAAGGGCAAAACCUGCUCCCUCAAAGAUAGCCACUGCGACCACACGACUUGCAAGAACGGCGGCACUUGUCAAGAUUUAGGCAAGACGUUUAUGUGCAGAUGCCCUCCAGACUGGGAAGGAACCACUUGUCACAUCGCAAAACAAACCGCUUGCCGAUCUAACCCCUGCCUCAACGGCGGAACCUGCGUCAACACCGGGGACUACUACCAGUGCAUCUGCAAAGACGGAUUCGAGGGCGUCCACUGUGAAGACGACGUCAACGACUGCAUCCCUCAGCCGUGUCAGAACGGCGGGAAGUGCAUAGACGGUGUCAACUGGUUUCUGUGCGAAUGCGCCCCUGGUUUCACAGGACCGGACUGCAAAAUCAACGUCAACGACUGUGCUUCGAACCCUUGCGGCUACGGAGGCACUUGUUUGGAUAGAAUCGACGAUUAUGAUUGCAUUUGUUCGCCAGGAAGGAGCGGAAAGCAGUGUAACGUUCCAGACAAUUCCCAUCUUCCAUCUCCAGGAAGUUGCACAUGGGAAGGCCACACCUUGGAAAACAACAUCACGUGGCAACACGAAUGCAAUACGUGUUUGUGUCUCAACGGAUUGGUCAAAUGUACGAAGAUUUGGUGUGGUUUGGGGAAUUGCAGAAGCUCCGAAAGGAUUAACUGCAAUAACAACCAAGUUUGUGUCCCGUCACCUUCCGAGUCGUGUUUGUCACCACCGUGCCAACCUUAUGGAGAGUGUAGAGAUCUGGAAAGUGGGCGAAGGGUAAAACCACCUUCGGUACCCAGUCCUAGUACUUGUUGGCCCAACCAAGCCGUCCUCAGCAAUACUUGCGCCAGACUAACUUUAUUGUUGGAUAGGCCCAAAUUACCAUCAGGUGUAACCGUGGAGAGUCUUUGUGGCGACUUAAGACGACUCUUGGCCAAUCAACAGGCAGCUAAUGAUUUGCAAAAUGAGUUGGUCCUAUUGUGUGACCUUAAAAUUGACUACAACGACACCGUCGAAGUGACUUUGUCGGGCGAGGAAGGCGUCUUAGACGGCAUCCGCGUGAUCGGAGAGGCGAUAUCCCGCAAACAGACGACCCUCUUAGCCCUCACUUCCAUCGUAGAAGUGAAAGUCGAGACAGCUCUGGUGUCUGAAGAGCAACAAAACAACAAGUACCUUAUAGCCCUCGUAUGCUUCAUAAUCAUAGGUGUGAUGGGCGCCAUCACCGUGGCGCUUCUUUACCUGCGUCAACGCCGACGUAACCUAGGUCUCAGCGGGAUGAAUCUCUCCCCCUCGUCGGACAUUUGCCACCGCAAUCACGAAGACGAAAAAUCCAACAACCUCCAAAACGAAGAGAACCUGAGAAGAUACGCCAACCCCUUGAAGGACGACGGAGGAAGCAUGGCGAGUAUCAACACGGCAGGGGCCUGCGGCCUGGACCUCCCCAAAGUGAGCGUGGUGAGGCCUCUGAGCUCGAUGCUGCCCCACGACAGCUCCAGCGAAAUGUUGGAGAUGAUCUCCGAGGUCGACUGCCCGGGGUCCAGAAAGACCAUGCUGGUGGUUCCCGGUACCAGCAAUGAGACCAACACUUUGAAAAUGGGCGAUGGGAUGAAGCUGGGCGAUGGGCUGAGUCCGGCACACCGCAGCAGCCAAAUCAUGCUAUACAAAGCACAAAAUCCCGAUGUGCGGAAGAACACGGCGGCUUUCGAUGACUCCUCGGGUCAUAAAGACUUUAGCAAAAGUAUUAUUAAUGUAAAUAAACAGAGGACUUCGCAGAACACGAGCGGCAGUGCCGAUGUGCUUACGGUGCUCGUGUAAUUGGGCCAGUGUGAACUCGUGUUUUUCGUGCAAUUUUAGUCGUAGGUUUGUAGCGCAAAUUGAGAAUUAGUCCAAAAUUUCAAUGGGCCCACGAAUGACUAGACUCUAGACUCUUUAAGUGAUAAUUGGAGUAUGAUCUCGUGAUUAUAAACAACUGGUGACACAUAAACGAGUGUUGAUUGUGUGAUAUUAUUUAAUAUUUUGAUUUGUUUUCUUUUUAUAAUAUAACUUGUUAGAUUUUUUCAAAUUAUUUUUAUUUAAAUUUAAUUUCUGUAUUCCAGAAUAUGUAAAUAUUAUUUGUUUUUUAUUAUUGUAUUUAUUGUAUUGUUCCUGACUUUCACAUUUUUUAGCAUAUUGUUUUAGUCUAGAACUUCAUUUAUAGACUUCAAAGAUCUGUGAAAUUUUCUAGUGUACUAAUUUAUUAACAUUUUCAAAUUGUCAUUCCAUGGAUUUUAUAUGAAGUCUCAAAGAUGCCUUAAAACAUUUUAUCAUGUCAAAAUAAUUAACUAUGCAUAUUGUUGUAAAUAUGUACAUAAGAAAAAUGAAAUCAGUAUUGAUUAAAACAAUUGUAAGGUUAGUGAAAAUCUACUCCUGAAUAAGAAUACUCAAGUAAAUCGUAGAUUUUCACAAACUGUAAAGUAUAAAUACAGUACUUAUUCAUAUAGAUAUGUUUACGAUAGUGCCUUGUUGUGCCUGUUCACUACAGAACAAUUCUGAUACUUUUAGAAAUAAAUCCGCAAAUUUCCUGCACCCCUUAUGUUUUUUGUACUAUAUUUUUUUUAAAGAAUUAAAUAGACUAAUAACAGAAUAUAAUGAUUGUAUAUUUUGUAUAAACGAUUUUGCAUUUUAUAACGCAAAAUUCAAAGUGCAGAAGCUUUGUAAUUAAAAAGUAAAUUAGAGCUUGUGAGUUUAUAAGGAAAAGUAAUAAAAGAUUUAAUAAAGUUUA